AUGAUCUCCAAAUCCAAGGUGGUUGAGAACCUAGAACCUGGAGACCUGAUAGAAAUCUUCCGUCCUGGAUUUCAGCACUGGGCUGUGUACGUUGGUGAGGGAGACGUUGUUGACUUGGUUACUCUUGAAAUUUCAGCAAUCAUAUCAGAAGUGCCAGGUGAAGUGAGAAAGAUAAAACUCCAAGAUGUGGUCAACAAAGACAAUUGGCAAAAAAAUAACAUAACACAUCCAAACUAUGACACCAGUUUGAAACCCAGGCCAAAGCAAAAAAUUGUGAAUGAAGCCCUUUCACAUGUGGGGAAGAAUGUGAAGUACACUGCUGCUUUUUGGAACUGUGAGCACUUUGCCACCAAGUGCCGUUAUGGCACAGCUCUGUCUCUACAGGUGAUUAAGACGUUUGAAAAGUUUGUUGAAGUGGGAGCUGGUUUUCUAAGUUCCUUGGCUGCAUCAGCUUCCCGAGCGUCCCACUCCUCCUGA